AUGAAAAACCUGCCGGAGCGAGAGGAGGAGCGCGAGCAAGUGAUGCGCAAGGUGCACGAGCGGUCGGCGCGCAAGUGCCUGGACCUCGCGAGGACCAACGGGGGUCUCUACACCAAGGCGGCUCAGUUCGUGGCGUCGCUGCAGGGAGGAGCAGGAGACAAGGGGAUCCCCAAGCCCUACGUGGAAGUGCUGCGAGUGCUCACAGACGCUGCCCCCCACCAUCCCUUCGCUGAGAUGGAGUCCGUCAUCGUGCGCGAGCUCGGCAGCCCCGCCUCCCACAUCUUCCUGCGCUUCGAUGAGGUUCCCAUCGCCGCCGCCUCCUUGGCUCAGGUCCAUCGCGCGCAGCUGCCGGACGGGAUGGAGGUGGCGGUCAAGAUCUUGUACCCCAGCCUCCGCCGGGAGAUGGCCUCCGACUUCGCCAUGUUCCGCAGGCUCGGCUCGCAGAUCCGCCCGGGCGGCUACGACAUGGGCUGGCUGGUCGAGGACUUUGAGCGAACCCUCCGCUCUGAGCUCGACUGCGAGCACGAGGCGCGAAACUGCGAGCGAGCGGCGAAGCUGCUGGAGGGGCGAGAGAGCGUGAGAUUCCCGCGGGUGGUGUGGAGUCUGACGAGGAAGGACAUCCUCGUGAUGCAGUUCAUGCACGGACUCCUGCGCAUCUCCGAGCCCGAGGCUCUGCUAGCGAGCGGGCUCGAGCUGGAGGAGUGCGGGCAGGUCGUCAGCGACGUUCUCACCGAGCUCGCGCUUGUUCAUGGCUGCGUGCAUGGAGACCCGCACGCGGGGAACAUCUACCUGGUGGCCCGAGAGGUGGAGGGGUCGAGCCGAGUGAAGCCAGCGCUGGUGAUGCUGGACCACGGGCUGUAUCACCACGUGGAGGAGCGGGUAAGGAAGGACCUCUGCCUCCUCUUCCUCGCCUGCAUC